AUGAGGCGUCGGGACCCACGAAGAGAGGCAGCGUCUCCUGACGCUGCGUCGACGGCUGCUGAGUGGGCGCCGGACAAGGCACUGCGGUGUCAGACUCCUUGGGGGUGCCCAAGGAAAGCGGCUGCAGGACAGGCGGCACAGCCACCGCUUGGGAAGGCGGCCCGGCUGAGGGGUCGACGUCCAUCAGCUCCAAAGGCGGUGGCGACUGAAGAGGGACUGCAGGCGCCGGAGCGACCACCUGGGGCGCUCCCGGAUGAAGAUGCGCGGGAGGCAUCAACAGGACGGGCUGUCGGCGUGGUAGCGGCGACGGCUGCUGCUGCUGCCCUGGGGGCGGCAGCGAAAGUUUUUGAAAAUGGUAGCAUGUGGAUACAGAAUGUGAUUCAAGAAAACAAAGGUUACUACAUCUGUGAAGCUAUCAAUGGUGUAGGAAACAAUUUGAGUAAGACAAUUCACAUUGUUGUGCAUGUGCCAGCAAAAAUCUCUAGAACAUUUCAGAAUGUAACGGUUAAAAAAGGUGAAACUGCCAUUUUGGACUGUGUUGUAGAGGGAGAUAAACCAAUUAAAAUAAACUGGCUGCUCGGCAAUCAUUCAUCUGUCCUAAACUUUCACUCUAAAGUGGACAUCACUGAAGAAACCAUGGACUUCAAAAUUCAUUCAAAGAUGACACUAAAAAAUGCAUUACGAAGUGAUUCAUCUUGUUUUGUGUGCAAUGCUACUAACAAAUAUGGAAGUGAUCUUUCAGAGUUCUACUUAAUAGUGCAAGAAAUACCAGAUCCACCAGCCAAAGUUCAUUUGACAGAUUUUUAUAGUCGCUCAGUCAAUAUUACUUGGAAAGCUUCAUACAAUGGAAACAGUCCAAUAAGAACUUACAUCAUCCAGAUCAAGAACUCUUCAGGUUCCUGGCAAGGAAGUAGCCAUAAUAUGGUGAUAGAUGGCAGUCAGACAAGUGCUAUAGUCACAGAAUUGCAGCCAGCCCAUAGCUACGAGAUACGUGUAAUUGCAGAAAAUUCUGUUGGUGUCUCCAAUGCAAGUGAAUCCAUUUCUGUAACUACAUCUGAAGAAGCUCCCAGUGGACCACCAAGAGAUGUUAAAGUUAGAGCCAUUAACUCAGAAAUAUUGUAUGUCAGCUGGAAGCCACCAGAACCUCACCUUCACAAUGGAGAAAUUAUUGGAUAUUACAUAGGUUACUGUGUGAGAAACUCAACAGAAUCAGUGCAUUACAAGACAUUUGAAGUAAUUCCAGGGAUGGACCUACAUACAAAACUCACAAAUUUGCUCAAAUUCACAGAAUACAGCAUCACGGUACAAGCUUAUAACAGAGCAGGAACUGGACCACACAGUCAUAACAUCAUUGUGUCAACUGAUGAAGAUGACCUUCAAACAAUGGAAGAACAAACAUCAGAAAAUAAAAUUGAACUGCUGGACCUCAUACCUUUCUGCAAUUAUAGUAUAGAAGUGAAAGCCUACACUCGAAAAGGAGAUGGUGCAGCAAGCAACCCAGUUUUCUGUCGAACACAAGAGGAUGUUCCAAGUGAACCAGAAGAUAUAAAGGCACUAAUAAUGGAUUCCAGAACAAUUCUUCUUUCCUGGAAGCCUCCCAGAUAUCCAAAUGGAAGAAUCAGAAAAUACAAGGUGUAUGUGAAGUCACUGGAUGGUGUUAGCCUGGAAAGAGAUCAAUAUGAUUUGCCCUCAGAACAGACCUAUUAUAGUAUUAGCCACUUGGUUGCACAUCACAGAUAUGAGUUCUGGGUGACUGCCAGUACUAUUGUUGGUGAAGGAAGUUCAUCGAGGCAUGUUGUGCAGUCAGCAGUUAACCAUGUCCCUGCUCGUAUUGCCUCAUUUGGUGGACAUGUCAUAACUGUCUGGAAAGAAGAGCUCAAGUUGCCAUGCUUAACAGUUGGACAACCAAAUCCACACAUUCAGUGGAAGAAAAACGCCAAGAGAAUCCAUGAGGACAACCAUUUGCAAGUAAAUUCUGAAGGCACACUUCAUAUAGCCUCAGUACAAAUUACGGAUGCUGGGAAUUAUUCAUGUUCAGCCGAAAAUAUUUUUGGGAAAGAAGAAAUCCAAUACAUUGUCUCUGUGCAAGAGAGCAGGAUAAGAGGAGUACCUUCAGCACCAACAAAUUUUCAAGCUUCAUCAUCUACUACAGCCAGUGUUUAUGUUGAGUGGCAGCCACCAACAGCAAUGGGUAGUUCCAUCAAAGGUUAUUAUCUUCACUUCAAGAGAGAAUUUGGAGAAUGGGAGCAGAUCAGUAUACCAGCACAUGAAACAAGCUAUACUGUCAGAGGUCUACAGUGUGGAACAAGACACCAGCUCUAUCUUCAGGCAUUCAAUCAACUAGGGAAAAGUUCUCCGACACCAAUUGUGUCUCUACACACUCAAGGAGCUGCACCAGUUGCUCCCAGUAACUUUGAUCUUAUACAUGUGAAUUCAACGUCAAUUGCUUUGAAUAUUACUUCAUGGAGGGAUGGUGGCUGUCCCAUAACAUCUUUUGUUGUGGAGUACAGGUUGAAACAUGGAACUGACUGGACACUUGUAUCAAAUAACCUAAAAGCUGAACAAAGAGAAUAUUUUGUACUUGAUCUAAACCCUGAGACUUGGUAUACUCUUCGUAUGACAGCACACAACAGUGCUGGCUCUACUGUUUCCACAUAUGAUUUCGUGACCCUUACACAUUCAGGAGGUUUCGUGGCCCCAGAGCUUAUUGUCCAUUCUGAAUAUGGCCAAGAAGGCCUAUAUAGCAACAUGGGGAUUAUAAUAACAACAGUUGCCAGCCUAAUAAUUGUAGGAGUUUCCAGUCUGGGAUUUUUCUUGUACAUGAAGAAGAAGCAUGAAACGUAUUUAGCCAACAAGUAUGGAGGAAAGCCAUCAGAAAUUGGACUUGUGGCAGAUAUGGACAAUGUUGGAGGAUGUGAUUCAACGUCUACAGUGAGAGGGAACAACAUGAAAGCUGCAGCUGUAAUGUGCCAAAGUGCACAAGAAGCAGCUUUUCUUUCAACUCCAUCUCGAGUUUCAUUUGGCUGCAGAGAGGAUAUUAGCCCGUAUGCUACUUUCCUGGUUCCCAACCAUAUCAACAUUGAUGGUUCAGAUAAAGGAUCCCCAUUAUCAUCAGAUCAAUGUUUUCAUUACCAGCCUUCUGAAAGAAGUAGUAGCAGCAUUCAGUCAGUCCAGAUGAAAAUACCUAGUAGAACAAGAUCUGAAAACGAAGUUGUUGACUGGAUCCCACUCCACAGCCUACAUCAGUCUAACAGGUACUGAGUCUGGAGUAGCUUGUGCCUUGUUGGCUCCAGAUUUUCAUCUGCUGACAACAGUGUUUAGUGUUUGUGACCAUGGAAGAGAAUAUAAGUACAAAUAGUAACCGUAAAAUAUUCAAGUGCCUUCAGAGACAACAGAAGCAGAAGAGGAGAAAAGAUUUUUAUAUUGUAUCAAAAAUAACACACUAUACAUUAUAAAGAAUAAAUAUUUUUGAAUCAUUGUUACUGUGUGACAUAUGACAUUUGCACACAUUUUAAGAAUUAUAAUGUGUCAAAUACUUGAUGUCAAGCUUCAUCUAAGCAUUAACUUGUCUUGGUACCACUGUAAACUUGUGUCUACUAACAAAAGGUUAUAUUUUAUAUGUGACUCUGACAUUUUAUACCAUAUUAUUGAUAAUACGCUAUUGUAAAUGUUUGUAUUAUGAUCACAUGUUCUGCUACUUUCUCAAUAGUCUCACAGGAGAUAAA